CUCGUCUCUGCCUGCUAAGUAUUCCUUUAUAAAUACUCUGUCCAUCAAAAGGUUUUUGAUUUGUGAAUCUUUAAAGUUUUGAUUUUGCUUUCUGUUACUUCUGCAAUUCUGCUCGCAGUUCUUGCAUGGUACAUAUCAGAGCCCAAUCUUUUGAUAUGAAUUGCAGCCAGACGGCCCACUAGAUCAGAUCUAGUACCAGGUGAUAUUUUGCUGUUAAAAUGUCGACAGAGAUCGAAGAAAAUUAUACAAAAGAUGGGACAACAGACAUCCAUGGAAAGCCAGCUGACAGGAAGAAAACAGGCAACUGGAGAACUUGCCCAUAUAUUCUUGCCAACGAAUGUUGCGAAAGAUUGGCGUAUUAUGGGAUGAGCACCAAUCUGGUGAACUACAUGAAAUCUCGUCUGAAUGAAGGGAAUGCCGUGGCGUCGAAGAAUGUCAAUAACUGGUCAGGAACAUGCUACAUCACGCCUCUGCUUGGAGCUUUUGUGGCUGAUGCUUAUUGGGGCAGAUACAGAACAAUUGCAAGUUUCAUGAUCAUAUACAUCUUUGGCCUGGUCCUUCUAACCAUGACAGCAUCUUUAAAAGGGUUGAAACCUGUCUGUGAUGGUGGCACUUGCGACCCAAAGGGGGGGCAAACAGCGGCAGUUUUUGUUUCUCUUUAUCUCAUUGCACUUGGAACUGGAGGAAUCAAGCCUUGUGUAUCUUCCUUUGGUGCAGAUCAGUUUGAUGAUUCUGAUGAAUCUGAGAAGAAAAGCAAGACCUCUUUCUUCAACUGGUUCUAUUUUUCGAUCAAUAUAGGGGCACUUGUUGCUUCAUCAGCCUUGGUGUACAUACAGACGCAUGUGGGAUGGGGUUGGGGCUUUGGAAUUCCAGCAGUGGCAAUGGCUAUUGCAGUUGUUAGCUUCUUUAUCGGCACGCCAUUGUACAGACAUCAGAAACCAGGAGGAAGCCCCCUUACAAGAAUCGCGCAGGUUAUUGUGGCAUCGAUUAGGAAAUAUGAUGUGAAAGUUCCAGCUGAUAAAUCCUUACUGUAUGAGAGUUCUGACAAAGAGUCUUUGAUAGAAGGUAGCCGCAAGCUUGAGCACACAGAACUACUGAAGUUCUUUGAUAAAGCAGCUGUGGAAACGGAGAAGGACAUAGUAAAAACCUCAGCAAAUCCAUGGAGGCUCAGCACAGUCACCCAAGUUGAGGAGUUCAAGAGCGUUGUGCGCCUUCUCCCCAUAUGGGCCACUGGCAUCAUCUUCUCCACUGUAUACGGCCAGAUGAGCACAAUGUUUGUUCUCCAGGGAAACACUUUAGACCCCCACAUGGGACCAAACUUCUCCAUCCCAUCUGCAUCUCUUUCCAUCUUCGAUACCAUCAGUGUCAUUUUCUGGGUUCCAAUCUACGACCGCAUUCUUGUCCCAAUCGUCCGCAAGAUAACUGGCAACGAGCGUGGCUUCACUCAGCUCACUCGAAUGGGCAUUGGACUCUUCAUCUCCAUCUUUGCUAUGUUAGCUGCUGGAAUUCUGGAGGUUAUUAGGCUCCGAACGAUUGCAAGGCAUAACUUAUAUGACUCCAAAGGCUUCGUCCCCAUCUCCAUCUUCUGGCAGAUUCCUCAGUACUUCAUAAUUGGAGCAGCUGAGGUCUUCACCUUCGUUGGGCAAUUAGAGUUCUUCUAUGAUCAGGCUCCAGAUGCAAUGAGAAGCACAUGUUCUGCGCUUUCACUGACCACGAAUGCUUUGGGUAAUUAUCUUAGCUCCUUGUUGGUUACUAUUGUAACCUCUAUCUCAGCAAGGAAUGGGAGGCUUGGCUGGAUUCCUGAUAAUCUGAACCGAGGUCAUUUAGAUUACUUCUAUUGGCUUCUAGCUGUGCUCAGCGUCUUGAACUUUCUGGUGUACCUUGUGAUUGCAAAGCUUUACACCUACAAGAAACCAGUACAGAGUCAAGGUUGAUGUUGUUGUGGCAAAGAUUAAUAGAAAAUAGAUGAGAAAUCUUCUACAUCUGGAAAGGAAAUUUGAAUUUUUAUAAUUCAAUUUGGAUGUUUGAGUUGCAUCAAAAUUUGUCUUCAAAGUUUGUGUAAUUUGUUGCAAGUUUUAUUAGUUUAUUAGAGAACUACCAAACGAUCUCUUAAGGAUAGCUUUCAUGUCACAGGGAUCUUUCUUCCACCAUGAAGUACAUUCUACAUAUUGUAUCAACGUCUUCCCCAAUUACUUAAAAGGUCACCAUUUAUAAUUGAUCAUAAA